AUGGACGAUGUGCUACCGACUGAAAUCGUUGGCGAGAUAUUCCGCCUCUGCAUACCAAUUCCUACGGAAGGGUGGGAUUCGGAAUAUCAACGCAGACGGGCCAGAACUAUUCAGGCGCCGCUACUUCUGACCCAGAUUUCUCAAGGCUGGCGACGGCUUGCGCUCUCAAUACCUGUCCUCUGGGCCACGUUUGUUGUUGACCUUAGAGUCCGGCGUCACCACCUUCCUGAGUUUGCAGAAAUGUGGCUCACGCGCGCUGCGGAGUACCCCCUUGAUAUCACCAUCCAAGGCGAAUUGGUUGUACUCAAGCAGCCCCAAUUCGAUGCAGUUAUGACGACCCUCAAGGCACACACGUCUCAUAUUCGGUCACUUCAGCUUAGCCUUGGGCUUCGCGACUUCGUCACGCUAGAAAAUCUGGUCCGGAGUUGGGAAUUCCCCGGACUGGAAGAACUAGGCGUUACCAUUGAAAAUAUUGAAGAGGAGGAGAGUGAUGAUGAAUGGGAUAACCUCUCCUGGCCCGUCGGCUCGGCUUUCCAAUCUGCAAGCAGUUUAUGGAAUCUUACCAUUGAACGUCUUCCUCUGUCGACCUUCCAUGUUGCAACUGUUCAGAAGUUAACGCGGCUUCACGUCUGUCAGGACGACUUCGAGACUGCAUUGAGCGCCGUUUCAGGACUGCCAAAUCUGCUAGCUUUCAAGCUGACCGAACACGAGACAUCUAGGAUCGUCUUCCAACCUGAACAGCCGCUUGUACAUUCCUCCAUUCGACGCCUUGACCUCGCCUACAGCUACAAGUCUGGCGCGUCAGUGUCUUUUCUCCGGACCGUGACACUGCCUUCUCUCCGCGACCUCCGCCUCGAGCGCACUGACCACCUUGGCGCCCCGUUAGACGAGUUUCUCGCUCGUUCAUCGUGGCCGCCCCUCACGACAUUCCAUCUCACUUUCGUCAAGCCUGGAAACGGGCUGCCUCCCUUGUUCGCUGCCUUGAAAACACCCUCCUUUGCAUCACUGGAGGAGCUGGUCGUAGCGUUGCCUGACCAAGACCACCUGGAAAUCUUCUGCGAGCAAUUAGGCGCGAACAACGAGUUCCUUCCCAAACUUCAACGUUUUGUCCGCUGCAAGCCACUCGACUUGUCUGGAACAGCGGCACCGCCCUCUGACGCGCUGUCGUUGAUUGGGCGAGCGGUGACGAGCCGACUGGGACGAGAGCCGGCGUGGCCGUUGAGGGCUGUGAGAAUCGAAUGGGACGAAAUCGAGUGGGAAGAGGAUGAGUUGGUUGGGCUGGGAUUGGCAGAGCCAUCUCCUACUGACUCGGGGGAGCCGUCUAUACUAGAGCUAUAUGAGCUCGACUCCUCCGUCCUCGAGCCGUUCCAAUUGUGGAAGACCAAGGGAAUGGAGGUAUACUUGGGUCCAAAUUAUCCUACAUCAGCGUCCAUUGUCUGA